GGCUCUCUCUCUGUCAUUGUUUUUGGCGCGCGUCAAGUAUCCAGAUAUCCUACAUGUACAUACUUUUGCUUCGGCCAGUGACCGUCUCCCUUGAGAGUGCUCUUUCCUUCAAUGUCCAGCGGCUGUCUCUGUCAGGUUGCCUUGAAAGACCAGAUCAGAGUGUUCCAUCCAAGAGGAUUUCAGGAUUGAUACAGAGGCAUGACAGCGGCGGCCUUCGUAAAUCCAAGCAAACUAUACCCUAUAGAUCUGGGCGGGGGUGCAAUUCAUUGAUUGCUGCUUGCAACGGUUUUUGUGCAGCAAACCCUUAGCAGCCAUAGCCAACAACUUUCCAACAGGUCGGGGCUGUAUCCUUCAGGACAUUUGGCCUGACUGCACUCAGCCAUCUCCAGGCAUAUGAUCUUUUCUUGUCAGACUGUGCUCUGUCAAUAGCGACCGUUUGAUACGAUUCAACACGGUGGUCCAUGAGCGGGUCCAGAACCUGCUCGGACGCCCAUUCCUAAAUCAGUCCGAGUGGGAUGGGUUCCUUAUGACCGCUGACACUGUUUGGUGGUCCAGUCUCUGACUGAGCGGCAUUACAUGUGACGUAUGAGAACCAGUGCAUUAAAGGCUGACCAUCAGGGUCAAUUCAUGCUGCAAGCGACCUGGUCAGACUUGCGUCAUGGCGCAGGCAGAGCACUACGACGGAAUGCAGAAUUACGAGAUUGUGAAGACAAUUGGUCAUGGCAGCUACGGCACUGCCUACCUGGUUCGUGAUGUGUCCAACAAGACGCUUUAUGCCAUGAAGAAGAUCGUGCUCUCUGACAGCAAUCAUGCAGACCGGGACGCAGCAUUGCGCGAGGCGCGGGUGUUGCAGACCCUGAAGCACCCCAAUGUACUGGGGUACCGCGAGAGCUUUCUGCAUGAGAACAGCCUGCACAUCGUAACCACCUACUGCGAAGAGGGGGACCUCUUCCAGCGCAUCCGUGCAGCAGCCAAAAAGGAGGAGUACUUCUCCGAAAUGCAAAUUCUGGACUGGUUCGUGCAGAUUGCCAUGGCGUUGCAGCAUAUCCACAGCAAAAAGAUCCUGCAUCGAGACUUGAAAACACAGAACAUCUUCCUGUGUAAAGGUGGGGUUAUAAAGAUCGGGGACUUUGGCAUCUGCAAAGUGUUGGAGCACACCAACGACUACGCCAACACGGUCACUGGAACGCCGUUCUACAUGGCCCCAGAGUGCGUGCAGAGCGUGCCAUACACGUACAAGUCGGACCUGUGGUCGCUGGGCUGCGUGCUCUACGAGAUGGCCAUGCUCAAGCACGCCUUUGACGCGGGCAACCUGCUCAGCCUGGUCUACCAGAUCGUGCGCGGCACCUACCCGCCCCUCCCGCCGCAGCGCUACUCCCCCCAGCUCGCGCACCUCGUGCGCAGCCUGCUGGCCAACAACCCCGCGGACCGGCCGCCCGUCUCGACCGUCCUGCAGAUGCCCUGGCUGCAGCAGCACAUGGCCUCCGCACAGCAACGAUGGGCCUCGAGCCAGCUGAAGACGAUCCGCGUCGACCGCGGCCCCGGCUUGGCCGCCUCUGCGGGCCUUCAGAUCGGGGCUGGAGGCGAGGUGAGCCGCCGUCCCGUGCGCACCGCGACCAGCCCCGACGGCAGCAAGGCGCUGUCCCCACAGCAGCGGCUGGUGGCGCGCAAGCUCGCGCAGAGUGCGCAGCGGGAGGCGGAGCUCAUCCGGGCCAGCUCCGAGAGCAUCCGCGCGCGCCAGGUCGCCAAGAAAAGGUUCCUCCAAGAGUUUUACCGCGGCGGUCACGAGGUGGAUGCCGGCCAGGUGGACGACGACGCCACGCCUAAUAUGGCCACGUGCCGCCUCGACACCGCCCCGCGCUCGCGGAGCGACCCCACGCCAGACUUGGGCAGUGAGCGGCAGCCGUGGGGCAGCGCGGAGUGGGCCGCCGACGCAGCGGAUGACGACGCCGUGAUGCUGGGGACCAUGACGGGCGGGGAGGACGACCGGCCCACGCACCCAGGCGACUGGGAGCGGCACGCAGAGCGGGGCAACAAGGCGAGCAGCAGUGGGCGGGCGAAGGAGGCGGACGAACAAACCGGCUUCGACUGGGAUGAGGUUCCUUGUACAGCGGCCGCGGCGCACAAGCAGGCACCCGUCGGCGGCGCCCGACCCCACAGCAGCGGGCCAGCCGGGCCGGGCAGCAAGGCGAAGAACAGGUCCCGCGAGCCGGUGGAGCGCAGCACGCUGGGGUCCACGGUGACGGCCGCCCCGGGCAUGGGCAUCGCCGCGGCGCGCAAGGUGGGCGCACCCGUCAAGCAGCCCGAGGCCGGCAGGCGAGCCUGGAGCGCGCAGCCGGGCCAGAGGCACGGGCCGGACGUGGAGCAAGAUACGGCAUCCGACGGCGGCGACGGCGAGGUGGUGUACGAGGACGACUUUGAGGAGUACAACCCCGCGGAGGACGGCCGCGCCGACGUGGCCGCUCUCAUUGGGAACCUGCACCGCCAGCUGCACAGCGACAAGAAAGAGGCGGAGUGCUCGGUGUCCGACACGUUCGUGAGCAAGGACCGGGCCAAGCGGGUGGCCAACCUGGAGCAGCGCUGCCGGGAGAAGCUGGGAGACGGCCUCUUCAAACAGGUGUACAAGUACCUGCGGCGCGUGCGGCAGGCGGAGGCGGCGGCAAGUACGAGCGAGGCGGACAUCCAGGCCACGCUGCAGGAGCUGGCGGGGAAGCAAAAGUACCACGACUGCUUCCUCGUUGACCAGCUCGUCUUCCUGCAAGCCUGACGGGGGGCCGGCCACAGAGCCCACGAGCAGUCGAGCAGCAGCCUGUGCAACCCAAAACAUACUCAGUAUAGUCCACGUACGUUGUUGUUAUCCAUGUUCGUUAAAACGAGUUGAAAAUGGAACGUAUAGUUUUG